UCUGCCCUCUUCACCCCCCUGUCCUGGGAUUGGGACCCUAACUCCCAUUCUCCCUGCUGGGGCAGUGUGUGGGGGUCCCCCCCCCCCGAAGCUGGGCUGCCUUUGCAAAGGUUGGUGCGACCUUGUCAAGUGCUUUCCCAGUCCCUGAUGCACGGCCCCUCCCAGCCCCUGAGACUCGCAGCCUGACCUUUCUCCCAUUUCCCCGCAACCCGUUUCCUGGCCAGCUCACUCUCCUCCCUGACACUUGGCUCCCACCAUGGAAAAGAUUAGCGCAGCUGCAGGGGCGGCUGCUUUUCAAGGGCCGUUGAGCUCAGCCCCACGGUUCAGCGUUGUUUAAGAACCAUCCGUGAGUGUGAUUUGAGGGGCGCAGGGAUCCUGUCUGGGUGCUCGCAGGGGUCCCCGCACCAGAGACUGGCUUCAAAUCGAGAGAAAUGGGCGUUGGGUUCUUUACAUCUGUCUCCUGCCUUAGGAUUCACGUUUUUCCCUGAUCCUAUGAAGACAUCAGUUUCAAGCUAGAUGAGCGAACGGCUCACAGCAGCCUGGAUCUCUCCAAAAAAGACACCAGCGUCAUUUACCGUAUGCUGGGGAUUGACCCAACCAAGGUCCCCCAGAACCCCGAGCGAUUUCGGGAGUGGGCGGUGGUGCUGGGGGACGCUGCCGUCUCCAGCGGCCAGCACUACUGGGAAGUGACGGUCAAGCGCUCGCAGCAGUUCCGUAUCGGCGUGGCUGAUGUGGACAUUUCCAGGGAAGGGUGCAUUGGGCACGACGACCGCUCCUGGGUGUUUGCGUACUCCCACCACAGGUGGUACGUCAUGCUGGCCAAUGAAACCACCCCCAUCCGCAACGUCGGCAACCCCGAGCGCGUGGGGCUGCUGCUGGACUAUGAGGGCAAGAAACUCAGCCUGGUGGACGUGGGCAAACAGGUGUUAAUCCAUACCCUGGCCACGGAGUUCCAGGGGCCCGUGGUGCCCGCGUUUGCUCUCUGGGAUGGGGAGCUGCUAACUCAUUCUGGGGUGGAUGUGCCCAAGAACCUCCAGGACAGUUAACGGUUAAUCCCAGGGCCUGGGAUGUCUGGACGUGUCCUUCUGUAGGGAGAUCCUUCGACGAUGCUUCAGCGUGAGGCAGAGAAAGGAAUUUGGUCAGUCCCCUCACCCCGCUUAGUCCAGAGGGGGCACUCUCCAGGCAGCUCUAGCUUGCUUUCCCCUUGGGAAGGAGCAGUCCCCUCUCAGCCCCAGCUAGGAACCAACUCCAGCUCUUCUGCUCAGCUAAAGCAGGGUCCUCAGGCCAAGAUUCUGCUUGCUACAUCUGUGGCUCAACCCUGGAGCAGAGAAGCCCCCCGCUGCCCCUGGGGAUCCGGCAAUCCUGGACUUGUUUCCCUUCUCCAUCUCAGCUGGUCCUUAGGAGCUUUGUGGCCAUCUGCCACUCCUGUGCCAAGCGCCCUGCCGGUCCCUGCGCCCGUCCUCACCUAGCGCCCCGUUUGGCAGAUUUGGAUUUGAAUGACAUGAGGCUUUGCUGGAGGGAGGGAAGCGUCACUGUUGCCCCCUUCUAUCUCAGGGAGGGGAGGACAGUUGGGCGCAACAGCUCUCAGCCAGUCGGUCCUGCGUCUCAGCGUCGGCACCCGAACCCAGCUGGAAACCUAGAUGCCGUUCCCCUCCUGUGUCGGCAAACGAGGCCGUUACGCUUCCGUUUCCACAAGUGCUUUAUUAAUACGCAGCACGGGAACCAGCUCCCUCUUCUCCCACAGCAUCCCCCCCAAAGCUGGGCUCACUUCCCCCCACUGUCUAGAACCAAUCAGCAGGCCCCAGGGAUGGGCAGGCAAACGGAUCCUGGUGCCAAUGCUGCCACGUGGCUGUUCCUAGGUGCAGGGGGAAAACCCAGGAAGGAGCAUUAGUUUGGGCAGGGACAUUGGGUCUGUAGCUUUCCUCUCAGCCAUGGUUUGUCUGGCUUAGCCGGGGGAGGGGGAAGAGUGCUACCCUCACCCCCCGCCCCAUUUGCCUCUGCCCCUUCGCAAUCCUCCAGGGCAGGGGUGGCCAACCUGAGGCUGAGAAGGAGCCAGAAUUUACCAAUGUGCAUUGCCAAAGAGCCACCGUAACAUGUCAGCAGCCCCCCGUCAGCUCCCCCCUCUGCCCCCAGUGUCUCCCACCUGCCAGCAGCACCGAGCCCUCCAUCCCUGCGCCUCCCACCCGCCCCAAUGAGCUGUUGUGUGGGGUACAGGAGGCUCGGGGGGGGGGUGAA